AUGUGGCGAAUAACACUAUUUUUCAGAAAUUUCUACCUUCGAAUUACCGUGACUCUUCUGCGAAUCCUGUUCAAAUUGACACGCCCAGCGAUAGCCACGAAAAAUUUCCAUGCUGCAUUGCAAAUUCCAAGUCGCGAUGCUGGCAGAAAUAUAACAGCACAUCUAUACAAAAAAGAUACUCCACCUUCUCGUCCACAGCCAGUCUUGAUCAAUCUUCACGGGAGCGGAAUGAUUUUUCCAGCCUUUGGCGACGAUGACGAAUUUUGCCAUCACGUUUUCCAAAGAACUGACCAUGCUGUGAUCGAUGUCAAAUAUCGAUUGUCUCCCGAGAAUCCAUUCCCCGCCGCGAUCAAUGAUGUCGAAGAUCUUGUCCGAUGGAUCAUGGCUCAGCCAGAGAGAUAUGACUUGGCACGGCUGAGCAUUUCUGGCUUCAGCUCUGGAGGAAAUCUUGCCAUCGUCGCUGCUGCUGUACUAUUUCCCAAGGAUACAUUUCACUCCGUUCUCACAUUCUACCCCGGAACAGAACUUGCAUCUGACCCGACUGGAAAGAUCGCUCCUGAUAACUCCGGGAAGCUGAUUCCUCCGCGAAUAGCCCGCUUCUUCCAUUGCUGUUAUAUUCCCGUGGGUGUUGAUGCACGCGAUCCUCGAAUCUCGCCACUAUUUGCGGACUUCUCAAACUUCCCUUCGAAGCUUUUGGUGGUCACUGCUGCUCGGGAUAAUAUGGCACCAGAAGCGGAGGAGUUUGCCAUGCGCGUCAAGAAGCAGACUGGCUAUGAACCAGUUUUGCAGAGAAUGGAGCAGUGUGAGCACGGUUGGGACAAAAAUGCCAAAGGAGGACCUGUACAGGAGGAGGCUAAGAGAAGGGCUUAUUCAAUGGCCGUUGAUAUGCUUAAAGAAUAA